GAUGGAGACGAGGGACGUCAGAGUCCAACCGACGAGAGAGAACGAGGAGGAUAAAUUGAGAAGCUGUAAGAGAGGCAGUUACAGGAGGUAACCAGGGAGCUCUGAAGAUGGAGGACGGGGCGCAGCUCUGCUUUCCACUUCACACCAACACCUCCUGCAGGAGGCCCACCUCCACCUGGCCUGAAGCCGUGGUUUCGUACUCGGUGUCCGUGUUCACGGUGGCUCUCAACCUGCUGAAUGUUCUCUCUCUCUCUCUCUCCAGGCAGCUCCACACUCCCACCAACAUCCUCCUCCUCUCUCUGGCCGUCUCAGAUUUACUCGUGGGCCUCCUGCUGAUGCCCGGAGAAAUCCUCAGGAUGUGGUCCUGCUGGUUCCUCGGGGAUCUGGUGUGUUCUCUCUAUAACUAUGUGUCGUUCAUUGUCACCUCGGCCUCAGUCGGAGACAUGGUGCUGAUAUCUGUCGACCGCUACGUGGCCAUUUGUGACCCUCUGCGUUACGGGACCAGAGUCACUGAGGGGAGAGUCAAAGUGUGUGUGUGUGCGUGUUGGCUCGUCUCUGUUUUCUACAACAGCAUCUACGUGAAGGACGACCUGAUGCGUCCGGGCAGGCUCAACUCCUGCUACGGAGAAUGUCUGAUCGUCAUUGGUUAUGUUGCAGGAGCCGUGGACCUGGUCCUGACCUUCGUUGUUCCCAUCACUGUGAUCGUGGUUCUGUACACGAGGGUGUUUGUGGUGGCCGUGUCUCAGGCCCGUGCGAUGCGCUGCCACGUCACAGGCGUCACGCUGCAGCUCUCAGCGACCGUGAUCUCCAGGAGGUCGGAGCUGAAAGCAGCCAGAACUCUCGGUGUCCUCGUCCUCGUCUUUCUCUUUUCUUUCUGUCCAUAUUACGGAGUUUCUCUGGCAGGAGAGCACCUGCUCAAUUCCUCCUCUGGCUCCUUUGUGAUUUUCCUCUUCUACUUUAACUCUUGUCUCAACCCACUCAUCUACGCAUUGUUCUACCCCUGGUUCAGAAAGGCAGUGACACUUAUUGUCAAUCUUCAGAUCCUGCAGCCUGGUUCCUGUCAGGCCAACGUCCUGUAGAGGUUCUGCUGUUCACAGAAUGUGUCAGAAUAUGAAAAAUCGUUUUAAACUUCAUGUUUCAUCAAAGUCCCUUUUUCCUCUGUGAUGAAAACACUGACGAGCAGAGAAAUGACGAGUU